GGGGGAGGCGAGGGCGGAGCGCUGCCGGUGGAAAGGGCCUGUUCGAGAGCGAUGGGGACGUUGUCGACUUAGUGGGUACUUUGUAGAGACGCUUGUGGUGGGGGACAAGCUAGGCGUACUUCCGCACACUAUCCGGGUCUCCCUCGAGGGGGAGCUCUUCGCAGUCGACGCCACAAAUAACAAUAUAGUUCGGAUCACUCCGCCUCUCUCCCAGUAUAGCAGAGCAAGAUUUGGUUGCCGGGUCAUUUAAGGGAUUCUCUGGACAUGUAGAGAUGGUAAACCUGCAGAUGCUCGUUUCUAUCGUCCAAAAGGUGCCGCUAUGGAUGACAAAGGGAAUGUGUAUGUUGCUGAUAUCUCCAAUAUGGCUAUUCGAAAGAUAACUGAAUCAGGUGUGACUACUAUUGCUGGAGGAAAAUCAAAUAUAGCAGGUUAUAGAGAUGGCCCGAGUGAGGAUGCUAAGUUUUCUAAUGACUUUGAUGUGAUAUAUGUUGGAAGAACUUGUUCUCUUCUAGUCGUGGACAGGGGUAAUGCUGCUCUUCGCCAAAUUUCUCUUCAGCAAGAGGACUGCCAAUACCAGUAUACUUCAGUAUCAACAUCAGGUUACCUGAAGCUUCCCAGUGAUGUUCUUUGUAAUUCUUUUUGUACACAACAAACAUGGAACUAUAACAUAUUACAACCUUACAAUAUGGCACCAUCGGUCCAAUAUUUUCUGUUAUCUUACAUAUCUUAUAUGGUUGCAUCUACAUAUGUAGAAGACCAGGAAGAAAAAAGUUGACAACAGACAAGAGAAGUCACCAGCAGCCGAUACUUCGCUG